AUGAACCAGAAUAAACCUUCACAACAGGCAAAGGUUUGUGGCAUUUGCACUAAAGACCAUAAUACUAAUGUUUGUCCUUCUCUGCAGGAACCUACGGAUGAGAAUCCUGAAGCAUAUGCUGCCAACAUUUUCAAUAAUCGACCUCAGCAAAAUUAUGAUCUAUCAUCUAACAGAUAUAAUCCUGGCUGGAGAAAUCAUCCAAAUCUUAUAUGGUCUGAUCAGUCACAACCUAGACCAUAUGUUCCUCCUCCAAUGCAACAACAGGCUAACAACCCUGCUGCACCACCGCAAUCUAAAGAAUCUUCAUUGGAGGAUAUGUUGAAGCAGAUGACAGCCCAAAACAUACAAAAUGUGAGCGCCAUCACCUUACGGUCGGGGAAGCAAAUUGAUGCAGAUCAUGGACCAGAGCCAGAGCUUGAACCUGAAAAGGAGACAGAGACCACUGCCACAAGAACCUUCCAAGUACAACCACCUUCCAUUCCUCUUCCAUUCCCUCCGAAAGCUAUGCCAAGCAAGAAGAAGGAAGAGGUAGAUAAGGGAAUCUUGGAGAUAUUCAAGAAAGUGGAGGUGAACAUACCUCUACUUGAUGCACUCAAGCAAAUUCCAAGAUAUGCAAAGUUUCUGAAAGAAUUAUGCACUCAGAAAAGGAAGCUGAAAGGAAAUGAAAGAGUUCGCAUGGGGAGAAACGUUUCUGCAAUCAUAGGUAAAGCUGGUAAACCUGCCCCUGUUUCUGAUGUUCCUGAUAAGUGUGAGGAUCCAGGUACGUUUUCUGUUCCUUGUGUCAUAGGUGAUACUAAAUUUGAAAAUGCCAUGCUAGAUCUAGGAGCUUCAAUUAAUGUGAUGCCUAUGUCUAUUUUUAAAUCACUUUCACUUGGACCUUUGAAACCUACGGGUGUUGUCAUCCAAUUAGCAAAUAGGAGCACGACACACCCUGCUGGUUGGGUAGAGGAUGUUUUGGUUAGGGUUGGUGAACUUGUUUUCCCUGCUGAUUUUUAUGUGCUUGAAAUGGAAAAAGGAUCUUCCCGUAAUACAGUUCCUAUCAUUUUGGGGAGACCAUUUUUAAAGACAGCCCGAACCAAGAUAGAUGUUUAUGCUGGUACACUGACUAUGGAAUUCGGUGAUAUUGUGGUUAGGAUAAACAUUUUUGAUGCUAUGAAACAUCCACCUGAAGACUAUUCUGUGUUUCAUAUUGAUUUGCUUGAUGAACUGCUUGAUGAUAUGCUUGAUGAACAUGAAUCUGAUUUCCUACAUGAUUCUGAUUAUCCUUCACUAACUGGGUCAUACACUUGUCAUACAUGUACUGCUACUGAAAUGUGUGAUUCUUGCAUUGAUCAAUUUUUGGACACUGUUGUUGUUGACUCAGAUGUUAAGAAAUCUGAUUGUACUAACCCAGUUGUUGAAGUGCAGGCUGCAGAAACUGUAUCUGCUAGUUUGGUUCCAUCUGUUUUGCAGGCACCCGUAUUGGAGCUUAAGCCCUUACCAGAUAACCUCAAGUAUGCCUACUUGGAGGAUGAUAAGAAGCUCCCUGUCAUUGUUUCCUCAACCCUUCAUGAAAAUCAAGAGGAAAAGUUGCUGCAAGUACUGAAGAAGCACAAGAAAGCUAUUGGUUGGACCUUAGCUGACAUUCUUGGUAUUAGUCCAUCCAUGUGCAUGCAUAGAAUACUCUUGGAAGAAGGAGCGAAGCCAGUGAGACAACCACAAAGGAGACUCAACCCAGUGAUAUUUGAUGUUGUGAAGAAGGAGAUCACCAAGCUUCUGCAAGCUGGAAUUAUAUAUCCGAUCUCUGACAGCCCUUGGGUGAGCCCAGUUCAAGUGGUCCCUAAGAAGACAGGACUUACUGUAGUGAAGAAUGAGAGAAACGAACUUAUCCCUACUCGAGUGCAAAACAGUUGGAGAGUCUACAUUGAUUAUAGGAGGCUCAAUCAAGCAACCAGAAAGGAUCACUUUCCUUUGCCCUUCAUUGAUCAAAUGCUUGAGCGCUUAGCAGGAAAAAGUCACUACUGUUUUCUUGAUGGUUUUUCUGGGUACUUUCAAAUUCACAUUGCUCCUGAGGACCAAGAAAAGACCACAUUCACUUGUCCCUUUGGCACUUUUUCCUAUAGGAGGAUGCCCUUUGGCCUAUGCAAUGCCCCUAGUACAUUCCAGCGGUGCAUGGUAAGUAUUUUCAGUGAUUUCUUAGAGAGUUGCAUCGAGGUAUUUAUGGAUGAUUUCACUGUUUACGGAUCUUCAUUUGAUACAUGUUUAGAUAAUCUGGAUAAAGUUUUGCAUAGGUGCAUUGAAACUAACCUUGUUUUGAAUUAUGAGAAGUGUCAUUUUAUGGUAGAGCAAGGCAUAGUUCUAGGUCAUGUGAUUUCUAACAAAGGCAUAGAGGUGGAUCCUGCCAAGAUAGAUGUUAUUUCACAUUUGCCUUACCCCUCUUGCGUGCGAGAGGUGCGUUCUUUUCUUGGCCAUGCAGGUUUUUAUCGCAGGUUCAUUCAGGAUUUCAGCAAGAGAGCCCUUCCUCUUUCUAACUUGCUGCAGAAGGAAGUGGCGUUUGAUUUUGAUGAGAAAUGCAGAGAGGCAUUCGAUUGCCUAAAGAAAGCCUUGACCACCACUCCUAUCAUUCAGGCACCUGAUUGGACAGCCCCUUUUGAGCUCAUGUGUGAUGCCUCUAAUUACGCACUGAGUGCUGUCCUUGCUCACAAAGUGGAUAAGUUACCUAGGGUAAUAUAUUAUGCUUCCAGGACUUUAGAUUCUGCACAAGCGAAUUACACAACCACUGAAAAAGAACUUCUAGCUAUUGUGUUUGCUCUAGAUAAAUUCAGAUCAUAUUUGCUAGGUUCUAGGAUUAUUGUUUAUACUGACCAUGCAGCUCUAAAGUUCCUGUUGAAGAAGGCUGAAUCAAAACCUAGGUUGAUCCGAUGGAUGCUCUUGCUCCAAGAGUUUGACUUGGAGAUUAGAGAUAGAAGUGGAGCACAGAAUUUGGUGGCCGAUCACUUGAGUUGGAUAGAGAGGGAUGCUGAUACUCUUCCCAUUAGAGAUGACUUUCCGGAUGAGCGGCUCUUUAAUAUUUCAGUUUCAUUUCCAGCACCCUGGUUUGCUAAUAUUGUUAAUUAUUUAGUUGCUUCUGUUUUUCCACCAUUUGCUUCUAGAGCUCAGAUUGCUAAGCUCAAGAGUGAUGCUAAAUAUUAUUGUUGGGAUGACCCCUAUUUGUGGAAGUUUUGUACUGACCAGGUUAUUAGGAGGUGCAUUCCAGAUCAUGAAACAAAUGGGCAAGCUGAGAAUUCCAACAGAGAGAUAAAGAGGAUCUUGGAGAAGACUGUCCAGCCUAACAGGAAGGAUUGGAGCAAUAGACUUGAGGAUGCUCUGUGGGCCCAUCGUACUGCUUACAAAGCACCCAUCGGAAUGUCCCCUUACCGCGUUGUUUUUGGUAAGGCAUGUCAUCUCCCUGUUGAGAUAGAGCAUCGUGCUUAUUGGGCUGUGAAGACUUGCAACUUGGCUCUUGAUCAAGCUGGUGGUGAAAGGAAGCUUCAAUUGAGUGAGUUAGAUGAGAUCCGCUUGGAAGCCUAUGAGAACUCUAAGUUCUACAAAGAGAAGACCAAAAUAUUCCAUGAUAGCUUGAUUUCCAGAAAAGACUUUUUGGUUGGACAACAAGUGUUGUUGUAUAACUCUAGGCUUGGCCUAAUGAGCGGUAAGCUUCGUUCUAAGUGGAUUGGUCCUUUUGUUGUUACUAAUGUGUUUCCUUAUGGUACUGUAGAGAUCAAAAGUGAAUCCACAGAUAAGAGCUUCAAAGUUAAUGGUCAUCGCCUCAAGCAUUUCCUCACUAAUCCUUCUCUUGUGGAUGCUACCAUGGACGAUGUUUCCUUGGUUGUUUCCACCCUCCGCCCGCCAUGA